GUGAAGGCAGCCGAAAAGAACCCUGCCGAGGAAUCUGCCGGAGAGGCAGAAGAUGCUCCGGCACCGGCACCCAAGAAGCAGAAGUCCCAGCUCUUCAAAGCCCCAGAGGCCGCCGAGGUGGUCGAGAUUGCACGAACGCGGAACCUUUACAAGUCGAACCUGUUCCGGCUGCAACUGGAGGAGCUCAUCAAGGAGAUGACGCCCAAAAAGCCGCCGCCGGGGCUUGAGGCAGCUCUUCAUGCUCUGCGGCCGCUGCUUCUGGAGAAGCUCCGGGCCAGAGACAUUCCGGCGGACUUUGCCCAAGAGUUCCCGGCGCUGCGCUUCAUGCAGCGGGGCGGGGCGGCUCCCUCGGCGCUGCGUUUCACUGCGCCGAGGCGUAUCGACGUGGUCGGCAGCUUUCUGCUCGGGACGUACACGAAAGAGGAGCUCACUGUGGAUGUGGCAGUCGAGAUGCCCUCAGACAUCUUCCGAUCCAAGGAUUACCUAAACUUCCGGUACCACGACAAGCGCGCGGCCUACCUCGCGGAGCUGCACCGGCAGCUCUGUGAUGGGCUGCUUCGAGGUAGCGAGCCGCUCGUGGCCCUGAGUGCCAGCUUCGAGGCCCUGGCGGGCGAUCCGCUGCGGCCAUGCCUCUGCCUCCAACCGGAGGAUGAUGCGAGGUGGACCAUCCGGCUGCUGCCCACCUACUCUGCAGACCUCUGGCCGGUGCGCGUGUUGGGGCCGGACCGAAAUGCUGUCCGCCCCGACCGGGCUCUGGAGAAUGGCGGAGUGCCAGCCACCGCCCACUACAACAGCUGCGUGCUCGAGGAUGCUCGCAUGC